UUACAGACUCCGUUGGAUCUGCAGGAGCUGGUCUGUGGUCAGCUGGCUGGUGUGAGUCGCUGGGUGUCAGAGAUUUCAGCGUCUCCCGUCCGGCUGCUCCGUCUGCGCAGGAGCAAAUACGCCAUCCGCAUGAGAGACGACUUCCUCUGGGCUCUGAGCUGUGUAAAUGAUCUCCCGGAUGUCAGUGCGUGUGAUUUUCUGGAUCAGAUGAUUGAUCUGUUCUGUUUCUAUAACGGUUCGGUGCGUCGCAGCUAUCAGCUCCACACUCAGGAGGAACUGGCUGUACGCUGGGCUCGCUAUCUCUCCCACCUGCAGGGCGGCGCUACCGAGCUCCACCACGUCUUCACCUGCCUCAGGACCAUCGACUACACACACAUUGACCCGUUGUUGUUGAUGAAGGCUGCUCUGAUCCUGCAGGCGUGUCAGCGCUGCCCCCUGGUGUUAGCAGGGUGUAUCCUCCACCGCGGCAGAAUGGUGACCACACAGAUGUCUCCAGAGCUGACGAUGAAGGUGAUGGUGCAUGAAACAGAGACGUACAGCCUACAGGUAAACUCCAAGCCAUCCAGUGGGAGGAGCUCAUUUCUGGCCACGCCCCAUUCCAGCACAACGACGAUGCCGGUGUUUCUGACGCCUUCUGAGCUGCACACGCUACGCCGCCCUCUAGUGGACAACUCCGCGUCCUGCAGAUCUGAAUCUCCUGAGCGACCAGUGAAACCCCGCCUCCUUUCUCGCACUCUCUCUGACACUCCGAUCAACGACCCAUCGUCCAGUCAGAUGCUCACGUCCUCCCCUGACUCCUCCCUCUCUGAUGAUGCGAGCUUCAGCUUGUGUCCCUCGUUAGCGAGUAUGUCGUUUCGCUCCAGCGUGGCGAGCCAGCCAGGAGAAGGAGACGACGCUGCCGAGUCACAUGACCACGCCAUGGCCAAUGAGGUGCUUCCGUUUGAGGACGGCGAGCGGGAGCAGGUCGAUGAUGUCAGCGCCGGGUAUCAGAACCACAGCAGCAGUGAGGAUGAGAAUCUCCGAGACGAUGAAGAGAAGGAGGAGGAAGGGGCGGGGCAAGAGAGUGAUGUCAGAGAGAGGAGGAGCGACGGAGAGGAGGAGUGUGUGAGGGGGUGUGAGGAGCGUGACGUGGUUCUCGAGCCCAUGCUGCUGUAUGAGCACCGGGUCAGAGGGCUCGUACUCAUGCUGCUGGUGGAACCCAGCUUCGACACACACCCUAACGCCAAACAGGAAGUGUACCACAGCAGUCUGGCGUCUCUGAACGGACUCGAAGCUCACCUGAGGACGAUCCCACCUCCGUCCGAGAUCCCCGCAGCGCCGUACACUUUCGCCCACUACGACCGCAUCCAGAACACACUCACCACGAACAUGUCUGGCCGUUCUACCGGACUUCAGGAUCGUCUGUUUGUGAAAGCUACAGCUCUUCUGCACUCGCACUUCUCACACGAGGACAUGCUGCAGGAAGCCAUUAUCAGAAGCGCCAGCUGUGCUCUCUACGCCACUCGCACUCCGGCUCAGGAGACCUUCUUCGUCCAGCAGGGGGCCCCCGCAAGGAAUUCUGGGAUACCGAACGGCCAGGACAGCGCCUUCUCUCUGCCGAGUAAAGCUCGCCAUCGCUUACUCAAACAUGGAGUCAACCUGCUCUGAGCUACAGACACACACUCUCUCUCUCACACACACACACACACACACACACAGAUGCCUGUGAUUAUUAAUGACCUUUACACUGAGGUUCAGUGUAUUAGCUGUGUAGUAACUAAUAAACUAGCACUAGUGUGUGUGUGUGCACUACUUAGGGCAUGAAGUAAAGUCCCCUACGCACUACGUAGUGUCUAAAUUCACUCCCUACUGUAUACUGAGUGCGACGAUAUUAGCUAAAUACCUCAACGACUAGCUAACAUUCCCACAUUCUUAUGAUUAUUUGAUAUACUUUUUUGUAUUUUUCUUAUUUUGUGUCGUGUGUGUGUGUGUGUGUGUGUGUAUUUCCUACUAAAACAUAUACACUUUCUGGAAAAAAAAAAAAAGG